GCACACGUGAUACCGUCGUGCGGGAGUGCGCGCCUCGAUUUAGCCGCGGCAUUGGACUUCCCUCUUCGCGCCUCCUGCCGAGCCAAGCGGCCUCGGGGCGGGUGCGCGCGUAGCCCACCGCUGGAAAAGCCACCGCGAGAGAUGCGGUUCUCCACGGGAGAGAGUCCGAGAUAAUUUGCCCGGAGGCGAUUGACGUGUCAUCGAGAGGAUAUGGCGGUCGACAUUUUGGACGAGGAUCACUUCGCCGUGAGCGCGAUCGUGACCGUCGGUAUGCAGCUCAUCUUCUUCACGAUCGCGGCCACUUUCCAGCUGGAUAAGCUGACGGACUUCGCCGGCGGCACCAACUUCAUCAUCCUCGCCCUCCUCACUUUCUUUCUUGGUCAAGUGGGCAAGACGUACGACAGCCGGCAGGUGAUGGUGACCGUGUUCGUGUGCCUGUGGGGCACGCGGCUCUCCGUAUACCUCCUGUACAGGAUCAUCAAGAUAGGCCGCGACAAGAGAUUCGACGACCGUCGCAGCAACGUGAUCCGCUUCGCCGUGUUCUGGACAUUCCAGGCCGUGUGGGUGUACGUCGUCAGCCUGCCUGUGAUAAUAAUCAAUUCUCCGCGCCACAAGAUACCGCCCGCGCCGAAGACGAUGACGACGCUCGACAGCGCCGGCACGGGCCUCUUCCUCAUCGGCCUGCUCGCCGAGACCUACGCCGAUCUGCAGAAGUUCACCUUCAAGCAGGACCCGGUGAACAAUGGAAAGUGGUGCAACGACGGACUCUGGAGGCUCUCCCGGCACCCAAAUUAUUUCGGCGAGAUCGUCGUCUGGUGGGGGAUAUUCAUAAUAUCCCUGAACGUUAUCGAAGGAGCGGAAUGGGUCGCUAUCGCAUCCCCGAUCUUCACGACGCUUAUCAUUCUAUUCCUGUCGGGAAUGCCGUUAUUGGAAAAGGCGUCGGACGAGAGAUACCGAGAUAACGCGGAGUAUCGCUACUACAAGCAAUCGACGUCGCCAUUGAUCCCGAUACCGCCGGCCAUCUACGUCGAGGUGCCGCGUUUCCUCAAGUUCAUCCUGUGCUGCGAAUUCCCGCUGUACGACUCCCUGGACGUGAAGCCGCGAUCGGCCGUCACCGAGUCAACGUCCAUCAGCCUCGCUGCGUCCACGUAGCUGUAGCCACACGCCGGACGACCGAAUUCUGAGUCCGGCGUGCAGUCGACAGCAACAGCUACGACCAGUACAGCCCUCUGAGUGCUACUUCCUCUCUCUCUGCGGCACCGAGGACCCCGUCUAUCCGCUGACAGAAAUAUAAACUCGACGGCUGAAUCGUAAUAAUUCUCAGUUCCGGUGUUCUAUCGAACACGAUAUCGGCACGACGAGGAGUCGUGCGAAACUGUACUUGGUCGAGCACAUAAAGUUCGGUAUACGGGAACCGAGAAGAUCCCUCUCCAAGGUGGAAAGGCUUACAAGACGAAGUAUUAUUAUUUUUCUAACUGAAAGCCCUUGCCGGCGCCAGGUCGUAAACGGUACCGGCGACUCUUCGCACAGAAUCGAAUGAUGAGAUGAACAAAGAACAUUAUUUUUGUAGCGACGUUAUAUGGGUACCAAUGUAGCUUAUCGACCAAUUCGAGCAUCGUUCCUGUACGGCAAGUCGACGGUAACGGUUUGAUUAGCGGCUUUAUUUAUGUACGUGUUUAAACUCUUAUUUUAGAUACAAGAGGAAAGAUUGGAGGCGAUACAUAAUUUCUAAGUCCUAAAUAAUAUUCAGGCUUAAGGAGAAAAAGCUCUUAAAAAGCGUCACUAUAUUCGAUUAGUCCGAUAGAUAUUCGAUCGACCGCUACCUGUACUUUAAAUCGCAUAAAUGAAUAACGUUACACAAUAUUGUUCCAAGAGAAAUAGUUCUUGCGGAAAUAAAUUAGGCAGCCGUUUACCGCGCGCUCGCUGUCAAGUAACAAACAAAAAAAUAUGUGUCUUAAAUAUCGUACGAGAUUUUAAUGUAAUACGGAUAAGACGACGUAGGUCAUUUUUUUUUGGAAACUAAUGGUAAUUCAUAAAAAUUGACGAUCCGUAGUGGCUGGCGGUUGAUACUGUUCGGUUCGUUGGAUGUAAAAUAAUCGGCAGGAACACGCGCGGAGAUCGGGAGUGGAACAGAAGCGUGCGUACCGGUAUCUCAAGUCUCGUAACUCGGCGGCGAACAAGCAAUAUUUAUCGCCGGAGACGCGUCAGGCGAACGUAAUAAAACAGUCACGUUUACAUUUCACCUCGCUAUCACGAACGCUAUCCAUCCCGUUAGCACGUCAUAUAGGAUGCUUACAAAGAAAUUUUAGAUGCAACACGAACGCGAUACGCCUACGUGUCCCGAUUUCUUCUCUGUCCCGAGGCUUUCGAUCGCGUUAUCGAGUCAUAGCAAUAUCAAACAUAUCUCCGUGCCGAGUAGAACGUUCUCCGAAUACGAGAUAAAAGGCCAACUCCGAAGGAAAUCUAUAAAGCAUACGUAGUAAUAAUGGGAAUAUGACGCGCGUGAAACGAAUUCCACGUGGAUAAACGAUCGAAAUAAUGUUACUUCUCGAUACUCUACCGUUACGUAUGUCCUCAAAGUUUAGAUAAUAAAUAAUCAUUGCUCCU